AUGGAUGAAACAUAUGAAGAGAAUGAAAAGGUAUUAGUACAUCAUCAAAAUAGAAUAUAUGAAGCCAAGAUUAUUAAAGUUGAUCCAAAAACAAGUAAAUCUGAUAAAAAGAAACCAUUAUAUUUUAUUCAUUACUUAGGUUGGAAAGAAAAAUGGAAUGAAUGGAUAGAACCAAAUAAAAUAUUAAAAUAUACAGAUAAAAAUAGAGAAUUACAAAAAAGAACCAAUAUUAAAGCAUCAACAACAUCAUUAAACAAUAAAAAAAAUACAAAAAAAGCUAAAGAAGUUAAACAACAACAACAACAACAACAACCUAUAGCUUAUGAUUCAGAAAACUCUGAUGAAGAUGAAAAUGAGAGUGAAUUAGAAGAUGGAGGUGGUGAAGAUGCAGAUGAAGGUGGUGAAGAUAUAGAAGAUCAAGAAAAUAAUAAUAAUAAUGAUACAGGUGGUGAAGAAGCAGACGAUAAUAAUACUUCACCAAGAUCUACAGGUUCUUCCUCCUCAUCCUCAUCUUCAAAGAGCAACAACAAUAAUAACAACAACAAUAACAAUAAUAAUAAUAAUAAUAAUAAUAAUAAUAACAAUAAUAAUAAUAAUAAUAAAAGAAAAAGAAAUGAUUCGAAAUCUUCUCAUUUUCAAUCUACAAAAUUUAUUGAUAUUGAAAUUCCAUUAUCUUUAAAAAAUAAAUUAGUUGAUGAUUGGAAUUCGAUAAAUAAUGAAAAAUCUAUAUUGUCAUUACCAAAAUCACCAAAUGUUAAAGAUAUAUUAAAUAAAAUUAUUGAAGAGAAUGAUAAAUCAUCAGAAUGUAAAGAAGUAAUUAAUGGUAUAAAACAAUAUUUUAAUAAGGCUUUGGGCACCUUGUUAUUGUACAAAUUUGAAAGACCCCAAUAUGAUUCAAUUUUAAAAACUAAUCCAAAGAAAUCAAUGUCUGAUAUUUAUGGUGCUGAACAUUUGUUAAGAUUAUUUGUUAAAUUACCACAAUUAUUAGUAAUAUCAAAUUUAGAAGAGAAAACAAUUACUCAAUUAAAAGAUGCCUUUGAAAUAGUUUUGGAAUAUUUAGAAAAGAAUUCUUCAACCUUAUUUUUAAAAGAGUAUACCAUUGCAUCCUCUCCUUAUUUAAAAGCUGCCUCCUCAAAUUAA